UUGUGCGCAUGCGGGGGUCAGAGUUCAGGGGCUCCACAGUCGUGGAGGAGUGCGGCGGCUAAGCUAACAGCAACCAGCGCAACUAGCUACAUGUGGAGGGUAACACGGGAGCCAUCCCCGACCCCAACUCUGUCAAUUUUCCUCCUUCUCACCCCAAACUACGGCAAAGUUCGGCCCCAUCGAAAAUAAGGGAUAAUAUCUGUUUACAAUGAAAGGUAGCCGGAUCGAGUUGGGGGACGUGACUCCCCACAACAUCAAGCAGCUUAAACGCCUGAACCAGGUCAUCUUCCCUGUCAGCUACAACGACAAGUUUUACAAAGAUGUGCUGGAAGUGGGGGAGCUUGCAAAGCUAGCAUACUUCAAUGACAUUGCAGUGGGUGCUGUGUGCUGCAGAGUGGACCACUCUCAGAACCAGAAGAGACUGUACAUCAUGACACUCGGCUGUCUAGCACCCUACCGUAGACUCGGAAUUGGUACGAAGAUGCUGAAUCAUGUGCUAAACAUCUGUGAGAAGGACGGAACUUUUGACAACAUUUACCUUCACGUGCAGAUCAGCAACGAGUCAGCCAUCGACUUUUACCAGAAGUUUGGAUUUGAGAUCAUCGAAACAAAAAAGAAUUACUACAAGAGGAUAGAGCCGGCAGAUGCCCAUGUGUUGCAGAAGAGCCUGCGCAGCCCAUGUGCACCACCCACCGGAGAGCUUCAGAAGGGAGAGUAGGGGCACAACAUGGAAAGAGCACCGAUGUGCUCGCCUCCACAGAAACAGAACUGUGACAAAUGCCCCAGGGUCGACACAUUCAACACUUUCUUCAAAGGACGCUAAAAAGAGAAAACAAAUUUAAAGUACAAAAAUUGCUGCAUUUAUUUUGCAAAGGGGUCCCCUUUUGAUUUUGCAUAUUUUAUUGCUCCCCUUUCCUCAUACAGAAAAUAGAAAGUGACAAAAAGCUCAGUAUCCAAACGUGUUCGUAUUGACAACGUUGCCAACUUCAGACAGUUUUAGACUUGGUGGAGGGGAAGGGUGUGGUGUUUGCAAAUCAUACUGUUUGUGUUUGAGUUGUUUUUAUGCGGUUGUUCAAGCUAAUGGGGGCAUAUCUAUACUGUGGCGCAAGGGAAAACGGUUGGUUAGAAGCAGUACAUGUGUUUGAAAAACCAUCACUGACACAAAUCCCAGCUGAUCAGCUCGGAGUGAGGCUUUGAGUGGUUCCAUGGAAGAGUCACAACUCUAUUCCCUCACCACCUGAGCCCUGGGAUGCAUGGGAAAUGAAUCAGUUUGUUGAUAUGUCAUGUCUGUAGGGGCAAAAGCAGAAAUGCAUCCCCUCAUUACAGGCUAAAGGAAGGCUGAACUGUUUUGAGGUGGUGAGAAGAUGUUGUCGCCACUCAUAAUUUCUGAAUAACACUUUACCAGCCUGUUAAUUUAAUUCCCCUUUCAACUGUUUCUGUUAUUUUUUAUUUUUUACAUUGAGGAGGCAAAAGGUUCAGAGGUUCUGCUGGGUUUUACGACCAAGAGAAAAAACAUUAAGGAGUAAAAGAAACAAAAUAUUGUAUUGACUGUGUACAAUGUCCUGUGUGGAAUGUCCGAAUAACAACAGAUUGGCUCUUUAGGAUUGGAUUUGGGCAUUAUUUUCAGUGGUAUAAUAAAGGUGUGUUUGGAUGUGUGUCUCUAAACACUUGGAAGUGAUUAGAGACAUCUUGCCUUAAACACCUUUGGCACCUUAUGUUGCCACCGUGCAGAAAUGGUCUUCUCAAACUUCCUGCCUCAGCCUCUGUUGCUUCGUGAGGUUCUGAGGCUCAGUUUUGAAGUUUUGGUAUGGUCUUCUAAAACAGUGUAUUACCCAGAGGAAGCUCUGAUCCCUCUGCAUGCAAGGAGAGUUUUGUCCUCUCCACUGUAGUAUAAGCAUGUUUUUUCUUUCUUUGAAGAAUUUUAUCUUUUCUGGAGCUCUAUAUUGUAAGACUUUUUAACAUCUAAAUAAAGGAAUUACUAUUUGCAGUAAA